AUGGCACAUUUACGCAGACCGUCUAUAGAUUCGUCUGUAUCCCAUGAAUCUUUCGCUGCUCGUAUAGGCGGCAAGUUCAGGGACGCAAUCACACCAAACAUUUCCCAUGACGAUCAGGACGACAGCAGCGAUAAGCGAGGCAGGUCGUUCUUUUCCAGGGGCAGAGAUAAUAGAUCAGAAUCACGUGGCAGAGACCCCAUAGUCUCCACUGGCAGAGGCGGUGCAGGAAACCUCAGAGCAAGCUCAAAGACGAGAGCUGCUUAUGAGAGCGAUGCCCAAGAUGAACGCAGGGGGCGUAGCUCACAUGCGACACCACCAAAAGCAGUACAUGCGGGUAGAGGUGGCGUAGGAAACGUACGCUCGCCAUCUAGGGAUCCUAAAGACAUCCGUAAUCAGCAAGCUGAGCAUCAACUCGAGGCGAAACUCCAGCGUGAGGCGCAAGAGAAGGCUGAGCGUGAUGGCGUGAUACCAACUGGUCGUGGGGGUGCGGGUAAUAUCCGACACAACGAACAUUCCCAAUCACGUUCCAGGUCACGCUCAAGAACGAGGGAUCUCCUUCAGCGCGCUACAUCAAGAGACAGGUCAUCUUCUAGGGACACACAAGCAAUCUAUAACAAUAGUACUAACAAUAGUGUCGCCCAUGACGUCCAUGAUCCAGAUACUUCCUUGGCGGCUGUACGCGAGUAG